AUGGGUAAAAAAGCAAUUGACUCGCGUAUUCCAACGUUGAUUAGAAAUGGAGUUCAAGAGAAGAAGAGAAGUUUUUUCAUCAUUGUUGGUGAUAAAUCCCGAAACCAGUUGCCCAAUUUGCAUUAUCUAAUGAUGAGCGCAGAUUUGAAAAUGAAUAAAUCUGUUUUAUGGGCCUAUAAGAAAAAACUAUUAGGUUUCACAUCGCACCGAAAGAAAAGAGAAGCAAAGAUUAAAAAGGAAAUCAAAAGAGGUAUUAGAGAGGCUAAUAACCAAGAUCCAUUCGAAGCCUUUAUUUCAAAUCAACACAUUAGAUAUGUUUAUUACAAAGAAACGGAUAAAAUUUUGGGUAAUACCUAUGGAAUGUGUAUUUUACAGGAUUUUGAAGCGUUGACCCCAAAUUUAUUGGCAAGAACUGUUGAGACUGUUGAAGGUGGUGGUUUAGUGAUUAUUUUACUAAAAUCGUUAACCUCUUUGAAGCAAUUAUAUACAAUGACAAUGGACGUUCACUCUCGUUAUCGAACCGAAGCACACAAUGAUGUUGUUGCGAGAUUCAAUGAAAGAUUUAUUUUAUCUUUAGGUUCUUGUGAUUCUUGUUUAGUUCUCGAUGAUCAAUUGAAUGUUUUACCAAUAUCCGGAGGUAAAACCGUCAAGCCUUUACCACCAAAGGACGAGGAACAAUUAACUGAAAGAGAAUUAGAAUUACAAGAUUUGAAAAAGAGUCUUCAAGAUAUUCAACCGGCCAGUUCAUUAAUAAAUUUAACUAAAACUGUUAACCAAGCUCAAGCUGUUUUAACUUUUAUUGAUGCGAUAUCUGAGAAAUCUUUAAAGAGCACAGUUGCAUUGACCGCUGGUAGAGGUCGAGGUAAAUCUGCUGCUUUGGGUAUUGCAAUAGCUGGAGCUAUAUCUCAUGGGUAUUCAAACAUUUUUGUUACAUCGCCAUCUCCCGAAAAUUUGAAAACGUUAUUUGAAUUUGUAUUUAAAGGUUUUGAUGCAUUGGGAUUCACAGAACAUUUGGAUUAUGAUAUAAUUCAAUCGAUUAAUCCUUCAUUUAACAAAGCAAUUGUCAGGGUUGAUAUCAAAAGGGAACAUCGUCAAACUAUUCAAUAUAUUUCGCCAACCGAUUCUCAUGUUUUAGGACAGGCAGAGUUGGUGAUUAUUGAUGAAGCUGCAGCGAUUCCAUUACCAUUGGUUAAAAACUUAUUAGGCCCAUAUUUAAUAUUCAUGUCAUCAACAAUUAAUGGAUAUGAGGGCACAGGGAGAUCAUUAUCAUUGAAAUUAAUUGAGCAACUACGAAAUCAAUCGAAUAAUUUGAAUUUACCAAAGGAAACAGCAUUAAUAACAAGGGACAAGAAAAACUCGAAUUUACUGAACAGUGGCGAGAUGGUUAAUAAUUAUAAUGGCAGAAAAUUAAAAGAAAUUGUGUUGGAUGAGCCAAUUAGAUAUGCAAUUGGAGAUCCAGUUGAGAAAUGGUUGAAUAAGUUGCUAUGUCUUGAUGCCACAUUGAGUAAAAACUCGAAAUUUUCAACCAAGGGAUGUCCACAUCCAUCAGAAUGUCAGUUGUAUUAUAUAAACCGGGAUACGUUAUUUUCAUAUCACCCAGUGUCUGAAGCAUUUUUACAAAAAAUGAUGGGGUUAUAUGUUGCCAGUCAUUAUAAGAAUUCGCCAAAUGAUUUACAGUUGAUGAGUGAUGCGCCAGCACAUCAGUUAUUUGUAUUGUUACCACCAAUUAAUGAAAAUGACAAUAGGAUUCCGGAUCCAUUGUGUGUUGUUCAGAUUGCAUUAGAGGGAGAGAUUUCAAAGGAAAGCGUCCGAAAUAGUUUAAAUAGAGGGCAAAGAGCUGGGGGAGAUUUAAUUCCAUGGUUAGUUUCGCAGCAGUUUCAAGAUGAAGAGUUUGCUAGUUUGUCAGGAGCGCGAGUUGUUCGAAUUGCUACGAAUCCAGAUUACAUGGGGAUGGGAUAUGGUAGUAAGACAUUGGAGUUGUUGAAGGAUUAUUAUGAAGGUAAAUUUACCGAUUUGUCGGAGAGUUCUAGGAGAAGGUCUGGGAAGGGCAGGUAUAGUAUUAAUCGAGUUAAUGAUGAGGAUAUCAGUAAUAAAUUGACGUUGCAAACGGAGGAGAUAAAGUUGAGAGAUGCAAAUAAGUUGCCACCAUUGUUGUUGAAAUUGAACGAAUACGAGCCAUAUUAUUUGGAUUAUUUGGGAGUGUCAUUUGGAUUAACCAAGAGCCUACACAAGUUUUGGAAAAAGUCAGGGUAUUCGCCAGUGUAUUUAAGACAAACAGCAAAUGAGUUGACAGGGGAACAUACGUGUGUUAUGGUGAAUGUUUUAGAGAAUCGGGAGAAGAAAUGGUUAAAGUUGUUUUGUGAAGAUUUCCACAAAAGGUUUUUAACGUUAUUGUCGUUCAAUUUUCGAAAGUUCAGUGCUAUUCAGUCAUUGAAUAUCAUUGAGAGCUGUGAAGUUGAAAGCGGUGAUGAAAAAGAAAAGGAAAAGGAAAGGAGGGGAAUUGUGUUUGAUAAAGGAGAAAUGGAUAGGUAUUUCAGUCAAUUUGAUUUGAAGAGAUUAGAGUCGUAUUCGAAUAAUUUGAUUGAUUAUCAUGUUAUAUUGGAUAUGAUACCUGAGAUUAGCAGGUUGUAUUUCAACAAGGUGAUUGAUGAAGAGGUCAAGUUGUCUAGUGUUCAAAGUGCUAUAUUGUUGUCAAUAGGGUUACAAAAUAAAGAGAUUGGGGAGAUAUCAAAAGAAUUAGGAAUUGAGAAUAAUCAGGGAUUGGCGAUAUUUUCAAAGAUUAUUCGAAAGGUUUCUGUAUAUUUUCGAGAAGUUUUAAAGAAAUCAAUUGAGGUUGAGCUACCUAAAUUUGAAGAAGAGAAAAAAGAGGAGAGGUAUAUCAAAGAAAUGGACGGAAUUGAAGAAGGAGAAGAAGGAGAAGAAGAGGAGGAUAAGGUUGAAAAAUUGAAGAGAAUAGGAAAAGAAAUUGAAGAUGAUUUGGAAGAAGAAGGAAAUGAGGUUAUAAAAGAGAUGAGAGAGAGAGAAAGGGAGUUGAUAAAUUCAUUAGAGUUGAACAAGUAUGAGAUAAAUGAGGAUAUUGAGUUGGAUGAGAAGAAGGCUAAAAAGGCGAUUAGUCAAGAUGGAAGUGGAAUAGUUUCAGCAAAAAAUACGAAUGUUAAACGAAAGAAAGAAAAUGCAGAUGAAAUAUAUGAGCAGGAAAUGAAAGUGAAUAAUAGGAAGAUGAAAAAAAGCCGAAAAAACAAAAAAAAAUAA